AUGAAUUAUUGUUAUAAACUAAAAAUAGAGGCCAUUGAAGGAGGAGAUUCUCAAGUAGUUUGUGACAAACUACAGGAAGCUUAUUCUGAGGACCCUAACUUCUUUUUCAGAGUAAGGUUGGAUUCAGAUGGAAGGGUUUGUAACUUGUUUUGGAGGGAUUCCAUGAUGCUUGAAGAUUAUAAAAUAUAUGGGGAUGUCACUGUAUUUGACACAACAUAUAGGACUAAUCGUUACAACCUCAUCUGUGCACCCUUUGUAGGAAUAAACAACCACUGGAAGAACACUAUGUUUGCUUGUUCUUUUAUUGGUGAUGAGACCACAGAUUCAUUUGUGUGGUUAUUUGAGACCUUCAAAAAGGCAAUGGGUGGUAAAUGUCCUGUAUCACUGUUUACAGACCAAGAUGCAACCAUGGCAGCAGCAAUACCAAAGGUAUUUCCAAAUACUAGACAUAGAUUAUGUCUAUGGCACUUGAUUCAAAAUGCUGUAACAAGAUUUGGAGUUUUGAAGAGUGAUGAUACAUUCAAAGCUGCUUUCAUGAAAUGCUUGAGUGGUUGUAUUAAUGAAGCUCAGUUUGAAGUAUGUUGGGAUUCAAUGAUGACAAAGUACAAACUGAAAAACAAUAGUUGGUUCAAAAGGUUAUACUCACUAAAGCACAAGUGGUCAACAGCUCUAAGUAAGGACUUUUUCUCCGCGGGAAUCUUGUCAUCACAGAGAAGUGAGAGCACAAAUCAUGCAGUGGGAUUCAAAGCAAACAAGAAAACAAGUUUGACAGAAUUCUACAACAUAUUUCAGAAGACAGUGAAGACUUGGAGAAGGAAUGAGGAUUUUUAUGAGUUCAAUAGCAUAAAAUCAAUUCCUAUUUCAAGCUAUCCAAUGUCUGCCUUACUAAAACAUGCUGCUGAGGUUUAUACACAUACAUUAUUCAGGGAUGGCACAACUCAAGCAGUAACUUAUGAUCCUGUUAACCAAACAACUCAAUGUCCAUGCAAGAAUUUUGAAGAGUCAGGUUGGUUAUGCUUCCAUAGCCUUAGAAUCUUACACAUGCAUUCUGUUGAAAAAAUCCCAGAGCAAUACAUAUCUAUCAGGUGGACUAAAGUGGCUAAGGAUAAAGUUUGGGAGAGUAUUGAGGCAGAGCAAAGGAAGAAGGGGACAUUAAACAACUUCACACCCUGGCGGCUACACAUGGUGAGGAAGUAUUAUAGUUUAAUCCUUAAGAGCCACAAGUUUGAAAAAUCAAGGAAAGUGUUAGAAGAAAGCUAUGCAAAAGAUUCAAGUGCAAUUGAUGAGAUUAUUUCUGCUAUGAAGUCAACUGACAACCAUUCUGAGAACACUACAGGUGUAGAAGAGAAUUCAGAAGCAACUUCAUCUAAUGUGGUUCAAGUACUAGACCUAGCUCGUGCAAAAAUAAAAGGAUUCCAGGAAGCUAUGACUACAUGA